AUUCGAACCGCAUCUCGUCUCCCGCCUCCAGCAUCAGCGGCUCGCGCUCGGUGAUGUGAGAGAGAGAGAGCUGUCACAAUGGCGAUCCACUACUUGAUUCUGCUGUCCCGUCAGGGGAAGGUGCGCCUCGCCAAAUGGUUCACCACGCUGUCCCCCAAGGACAAGGCCAAGAUUGUCAAGGACGUAUCACAGCUGGUGCUCGCCCGGAGAACUCGCAUGUGCAAUUUCUUGGAAUAUAAAGACACCAAGAUUGUAUACCGACGAUACGCCUCGCUCUUCUUCAUCGCCGGCUGCUCAUCCGAGGACAACGAGCUCAUCACCCUCGAAAUCAUCCACCGCUACGUCGAGCAGAUGGACAAGUACUACGGCAACGUGUGCGAGCUCGACAUCAUCUUUUCCUUCACAAAGGCUUACUACAUCCUCGACGAACUGCUUCUUGCGGGAGAGCUACAGGAGAGCAGCAAGAAGAAUGUGCUGCGCUGUAUCGGACAGCAGGAUUCACUGGAAGACAUGGAGGUCGAAGAUGAGGUUACCAAACUCAUGUAAUCACGACAAUCACGACGAGAUGGCUGCGCAUCCGCGCGGUCUUGGACGAGCGAUCCGUUCUCGCCGACUGAAAUUUGAAAGCCACCCGCAACCAAU